AUGUCAUCAGGAUCCGACAGAGGGAGACAUGGUGAAGCUCUCCAAACAAGCCGAGCGAUACGACGAGAUGGUGGAGACGAUGAAAAAAAUGACGAUUGGUUACAAGAACGUGAUUGGAUCAAGAGUGGCUCCGUGGAGGCUAAUGUCUUGAAAGAAGAGUUCAAAGAUAGCAGUUCAAAUAUCAAAAACAUCAAAGAGAGGGUCGUGACCAUGUCCAGAGGCAUAUUCUUCAUCGAGCAGUUCGCUUUGGAAGGGUUUUUCAGCAGGCUUGUGCAUUCUGUUACUCUGGUGAUGGGCGAUGUCUUUCCAGAGUUAAAGGAACAUGAAAAGAAGAUCACUGAAAUAAUAGAAGAAGAGGAAGCAGCCUUUUGCGAGACCUUGGAAAAGUUUGCUUUUGACUUGUGGACUACACAUGGUUUCCCAUUAGAUUUUACGCAGCUCCUGAGAGACAACCUCACCCUCAGGACUUCUGAUCUUCCUAAAGAAGGAAGUCUGUUUGGAGGUGGUCUUCAAUGCUUAAGGAUUUUGUUGAUUUAA